CGCCGCCGCCCGAGACUCGCGCCGAGCAGUUAUGGCGGAUCCCGCAGCGCCCGCGCCCGCGCCCGCUCCUCCCGCCCAGGCCCCGGUGGCGGCCGCCGCCGCCCCGACCCCGGCCGCAGCCCCCGCCGCCGCCCCGCCGCCCGCGCCCGCCACGGACUCGGCCUCAGGGCCGUCCUCCGAAUCCGGCCCCGAAGCGGGCUCGCAACGCCUGCUGUUCUCUCACGACCUGGUGUCGGGCCGUUACCGCGGCUCGGUGCACUUCGGGCUGGUGCGCCUCAUCCACGGCGAGGACUCGGACUCGGAGGGCGACGAGGACGGCCGCGGCAGCUCGGGCUGCUCCGAGGCCGGGGGCGCGGGCCACGAGGAGGGCCGGGCCAGCCCGCUGCGGCGCGGCUACGUGCGCGUCCAGUGGUACCCGGAGGGCGUCAAGCAACACGUAAAGGAGACCAAGCUGAAGCUAGAGGACCGCUCGGUGGUACCCCGGGAUGUGGUCCGCCACAUGCGUUCAACCGACAGUCAGUGUGGCACAGUGAUAGACGUGAACAUUGACUGUGCUGUCAAGCUCAUUGGCACCAACUGCAUCAUCUACCCUGUCAACAGCAAGGACCUCCAGCACAUCUGGCCCUUCAUGUAUGGAGACUACAUCGCCUAUGACUGCUGGCUAGGGAAGGUCUAUGACCUGAAGAACCAGAUCAUCCUCAAAUUGUCGAAUGGUGCCAGGUGUUCCAUGAACACAGAAGAUGGUGCCAAACUCUACGAUGUCUGCCCACAUGUCAGCGACUCGGGCCUCUUCUUUGAUGACUCCUAUGGCUUCUACCCAGGCCAAGUGCUCAUUGGCCCUGCUAAGAUCUUCUCCAGUGUCCAGUGGCUCUCGGGGGUCAAGCCUGUACUCAGCACCAAGAGCAAGUUCCGUGUGGUGGUGGAGGAGGUUCAGGUUGUGGAGUUGAAAGUCACAUGGAUUACCAAGAGUUUCUGCCCUGGGGGCACGGACAGCGUUAGCCCCCCACCUUCUGUGAUCACUCAGGAAAACCUAGGCAGGGUGAAGCGUCUCGGAUGCUUUGACCAUGCUCAGCGGCAGCUUGGGGAGCGCUGUCUAUAUGUCUUCCCAGCCAAGGUAGAGCCGGCCAAGAUUGCCUGGGAAUGUCCAGAAAAAAACUGCGCCCAGGGGGAGGGCUCUAUGGCCAAGAAGGUGAAGCGCCUGUUGAAGAAACAGGUUGUAAGGAUCAUGUCCUGCGCUCCAGAUACCCAGUGUCCUAGGGACCAUUCCAUGGAGGACCCAGACAAGAAAGGGGAAGCCAGAGCCAAAAGUGAAGUAGGUUCUCCUAGCCCUGAGGAGCAACCCGAUGGAUCAGCCAGCCCAGUGGAGAUGCAGGACGAGGGGUCAGAGGAGCCUCAGGAGAUGGGCGAGCCGUUGCCCCCCUUCCUGCUGAAGGAGGGUGGAGAUGACGGGCUGCACCACUCAGCAGGGCAGGAUGCGGAUGACGAGGCUGCUGACGACACAGAUGACACCAGCUCAGUGACCUCCUCCGCCAGCUCCACGACCUCCUCCCAGAGCGGCAGUGGCGCGAGUCGUAAAAAGAGUAUCCCCUUGUCCAUCAAGAACCUGAAGCGCAAACACAAGCGGAAGAAGAACAAGGCCACGCGCGACUUCAAGCCUGGGGACAGGGUGGCCGUGGAGGUGGUGACCACGAUGACGUCAGCAGAUGUGAUGUGGCAGGACGGCUCUGUAGAGUGCAACAUCCGCUCCAAUGACCUCUUCCCCGUGCACCACCUGGACAACAACGAGUUCUGCCCGGGAGACUUCGUGGUGGACAAGAGAGUCCAGAGCUGCCCAGACCCUGCUGUCUAUGGUGUGGUGCAAUCCGGGGACCACGUUGGCCGUACAUGCAUGGUGAAGUGGUUCAAACUCCGGCCUAGUGGGGAUGAUGUGGAGCUCAUUGGAGAAGAGGAGGAUGUGAGUGUCUACGACAUUGCUGACCACCCUGACUUUCGCUUCCGCACAACUGAUAUUGUCAUCCGCAUCGGUAACACUGAGGAUGGAGCUCUGCCCAAGGAGGAUGAGCCGUCAGUGGGCCAGGUGGCCCGAGUGGACGUCAGUAGCAAGGUGGAAGUGGUGUGGGCUGACAACUCAAAAACCAUCAUCCUGCCACAGCACUUAUACAACAUCGAGUCUGAGAUUGAGGAGUCAGACUACGAUUCGGUAGAAGGCAGCACCAGUGGGGCAUCUUCGGACGAGUGGGAAGAUGACAGUGACAGCUGGGAGACAGACAAUGGGCUGGUAGAUGAGGAACACCCCAAGAUAGAAGACUUCGCCAGUCUACCAACAGAGCAGCCGGCAGCCCCUGAGGAGGACAAGGGGGUGGUAAUCAGUGAAGAGGCAGCCACAGCUGCCAUCCAGGGAGCCGUGGCCAUGGCUGCCCCCGUGGCAGGGCUGAUGGAGAAAGCCGGCAAGGAUGGGCCUCCCAAGAGUUUCCGGGAGCUCAAAGAGGCCAUCAAGAUCCUGGAGAGCCUCAAGAACAUGACCGUAGAGCAGCUGCUCACAGGGUCCCCCACCUCACCCACUGUGGAACCUGAGAAGCCAACCCGGGAGAAGAAGUUUCUGGACGACAUCAAGAAGCUACAGGAGAACCUCAAAAAGACCCUAGACAACGUGGCCAUCGCCGAGGAGGAGAAGAUGGAGGCGGUGCCCGACACAGAGCGCAAGGAAGAUAAGGCUGAGGCACAGUCGCCAGUGAAGGCCGAGUGGCCCAGUGAGACGCCUGUGCUCUGUCAACAGUGUGGUGGCAAACCUGGUGUCACCUUCACCAGUGCCAAGGGCGAGGUGUUCUCUGUGCUGGAGUUUGCACCCUCAAACCACUCUUUCAAGAAGAUUGAGUUCCAGCCUCCGGAAGCCAAGAAGUUCUUCAGCACAGUGCGAAAGGAGAUGGCUCUGCUGGCCACCUCGCUGCCCGAUGGCAUCAUGGUCAAGACUUUCGAGGACAGAAUGGACCUCUUCUCAGCGCUAAUCAAGGGCCCCACUCGGACUCCCUACGAAGAUGGCCUCUACCUGUUUGACAUCCAGCUCCCUAACAUUUACCCAGCGGUGCCCCCCCACUUUUGCUACCUCUCCCAGUGCAGUGGCCGCCUGAACCCCAACCUGUAUGAUAACGGGAAGGUGUGCGUCAGCCUCCUGGGUACCUGGAUUGGAAAGGGGACAGAGAGGUGGACGAGCAAAUCCAGUCUUCUCCAGGUGCUCAUCUCCAUCCAAGGUCUGAUCCUGGUAAAUGAACCAUACUACAAUGAAGCCGGCUUUGACAGUGACCGGGGCCUGCAGGAAGGCUAUGAGAACAGUCGCUGCUACAAUGAGAUGGCACUGAUCCGUGUGGUGCAGUCCAUGACCCAGUUGGUGCGACGGCCUCCUGAGGUCUUCGAGCAGGAGAUUCGGCAGCACUUCAGUGUGGGUGGCUGGCGUCUGGUGAACCGCAUUGAGUCAUGGCUGGAAACCCAUGCCAUGCUGGAAAGGGCCCAGGCACUGCCUAACGGGGUCCCUAAGGACAGCAGCUCUCUGGAGCCCCUGGCUGCCACUGAACUCUCAGACUCCGGCCGAGAAGAGCCUGAGGAUGUAGGGAUGGCCCCUGGGGAGGCCUCCCAGGGAUCAGACUCAGAAGGUGGUGCCCAGGGCCAGGCCUCAGCCAGCAGGGACCACACAGAGCAGACUGAGACAGCCCCUGAUGCGUCAGCACCGCCCAGCGUUAGACCAAAGAGGAGGAGGAAGAGCUACCGCAGCUUCCUGCCCGAGAAGAGCGGCUAUCCCGACAUCGGCUUUCCUCUCUUCCCUCUUUCCAAGGGCUUCAUCAAGACCAUCCGGGGGGUCCUGACACAGUUCCGUGCUGCCCUGCUCGAGGCAGGCAUGCCGGAGAGCACAGAGGACAAGUAGCUUCCAGGGCUUGAAAAAGUGUCAUGUUGGGAGAGGCCAGCCGCUGCCUGCUCCCUCCCUCCCCCCCUCCCUCCCCCCUCCCUCCCUCC